UGCAGGGGCGGAGGAGGGAGUUGCCAGAACCCAGAGACCUGCUCGUCAGGCCACUAGUUGCCCAAGACUAGGGAAAACCUGCCAGAGGGGGCCCCAAAGCAAACCCCUGCUUUCAGAAGGUCUGCAAUGGGUAGACCUCUCUGGGCGUUGCUGGGUGGGCUUGCUUCAGGACGCCUGAACUUUGAUCUCAGCCCUGAGAGCAGAGAAACACAGGAGCAAGGAGAUCCUGGAAGUGGAGCCAGGUGUGCUGGUGCUGACUUCUAUGGCCUCUGGGGAGCUCUCAAGUUCGUCCUUCUUGAGAACCUGUAUUUGUAAAAAUCAAGGCCUCCAAAUCUCUUCUGCUGGGAGCCACCCCACCGGAAGAUCACCCCUCAAGUGGAAGUAAUCUCUCAUAUUGGAACUGGCUGGGCCACGGGCAGGGAUGAAGAAAACACUCUUGCAAAGAAUGGAGACGGGAGGAGAAAAGACCUGUUUCUCACCUGGAGGACUUUCAAGAUCUGGAAUGGGCUGGGACUUUGCAUAUCUAACUCAUUCCCAGGUGGCUCAAAAGAUGCUGACAAAAGGUGCUCAGAGGGCCACUAACCAAGCCCGCAGCUGCAACUACUUCGGCUGCUCCGAGGACUGAAAAGCACAGAGUUCCGGGUUGCUUCUACAGGAAGAGUUUAUGGUGGCCUGGUCUUCAAGAAGUUUCUACAAGGGUUCACAGAGGAAGUCAGAUCUCCUGAUUUUGGUGGUUAUGAGUUGCCUAACAGGGGUGCGAAGAACUGAACUCAGCCCUCCGAAAGAAGAGUAUGUGUUCUUAACCCUGAGUCACCUCUCCAACCUCAGACCCUCAUUUUUCAAAAUACAACCUGUGCUGCCCAGAUUCUCUGCAAAGCUGACUUGGGCUUCAGAGGAGGGUGACCGUUCUCAAGACACAUCAGGUGUAACACCCUUCCAGAUGACUUUUCAGGUUAAUGAAAAUCCUCGAAGUUUGAUGACAGACUGUCUGAUUAUAAAGCGUUUUUUACGAAAAAUCAUCAUAGUUCAUCACAAGCUCAAGUUUAAUUUGACGGUGAAUGGGAUCCUCUCUGCAGAGAUUUUUGGGGCAGAGAAGGAGCCUAUUUUGAGACUGUCCAAUGGCAUCACUCUUGUUGUGGGCUUUCAGCAUUAUGUGAGUAAGCCAAAACUGAAUUCAACUGAAUCGCACUGCAGCAGAAUCCACCCUGUGCUAGGACAUCCAGCUCCACUGUCCAUCCCUGAUGGCAUGGCCAACAUGGGCUUGCUGGGGAAACUGGCGCUGACUCCAGCUGCUGCUCUGUGCCCAAGCCCCAAGGUCUUCUCCCGCCAACGGGAUAGGAUUUCUUCAGUUUCCAUAUUUCUAUAUGGACCUUUGGGUCUGCCUCUGAUAUCAGAUCAGGAGCAGCCAAGUAUCACUGUCUUCAGAGAUCCCUCCUAUUUCAUUGACUGGAAGAAACACAAUUUGUUUAUGGUGCCCACUUUGGAUCUCAAUUUGGAUACAGAUUUGGUGAUUCCAGAUGUGAAUUAUCAAGUGGAGUCCAGUGAGGGGAAUCAGUCUCAGGAUAUGGACUCAGAGGGACCAGCUCUGCUACUUUUCCUAUUUGUAGAUUUCCACAGUAGAUUCCCAGUCCAGCAAGCAGAAGUCUGGGAGCUCUGUGCACUAGGAAACAGAUUGUGCAGAAUUAGUCUGUGUUCGUGUGCCUUUAAAAGAAAAUCAGUCGGCUGGCCUCCCGCCCACCUUGUCAUGGACUCCACACUUUGCUCACAGCUCAUCUCGGUGCCACCCUCGCAGAGAGCCGAAGCACCGUGCAAGAGUCCAUCCAGUCGGCUGUGGACCAGGUCUUGGAGCGACAUCACCAGGCUGCCCAGGCAGCUGACACACAGGAAUUUGGGACCAAACUGCACAGAUUAUUUUAUGAUACCAUCCAGGGCCGACUUCUGCACCACUGCGCAUGCAACACAGAACAGCACCCGACUCCAGAGAAAAAGCAUUCCACCCAGAGCACCGAAGACUGGCAUGGGACUAUCGGCCAGCAGUCCCAUGCGGAGAGCAGCGGGCAAGCGGAAAACAAGAAGCUCAAGAGAAGCCCCAGCCUGGGCAGGGAAGAAUCGCAAACUCUGUGCCCCGCCAGGGAUCCGAGCCCUCCAGAGUGCGCCACACGCCACCACGAGCCCACUGUGGCCUCCCCCAAUGCCAGAGGGUCGCCGGCCCGAGCGGCCCCGGCGCCAGACGCAGCGAGCCCUGCGGGCGGCCUGGAGGUACCGCGGCGAGCGCAGGGCGGGUGCCAGCCUGGGCUGCUGCCGCUGGGUCCUCACCACUGUCGCCUCUGCUCCCGCAGGACUUGUGGCUGCAAGAGGUCUCCAAUUUGUCCGAGUGGCUGAGUCCGGGACGCAGGUUCUAAGCGCCCGCUACUGAGGAUCCCAGCGGGCCAACGCGCCCGGGACACGUGUGUCGUGCCUUCUAGAGUUCAAUAAAGCUGAUCCAAGCACAGAGUCUCCGCUACGGUGCAAGGGGAGGGGCACCUCGGGGCCACCGGCAGCUCGCGC